AUGGAUAUGCAGGCUGUUUUAGAUAAGAAUCUACCAGCAAGAGCUUUGAGAAUUAGAAACAAGAACUAUCAGAAGAGAUUAAAAGCUAACAGGAAAAACAAACAAACUAAAUGGAUGGUAAAGAAGAUGGAGAAAAUGGAUCCCCAAAAACAGUUACAAGCUGAGAAAGAUAUGCAGAAGGGAAUUCAAAAUCAAGUAGUGGCGACAAUACUUCCCCAUGCCAUGAAAAACGACACAUACACUGGGCACUCUGGCCAACCACCAGCUGACAGCCCCAUCACUGUGAGAAACUCAUUUCAGCAGCUUGACGUUGAUGACACGGAGAAUGAGAAUGGUGAAGAUCCUGGUGAUAGUUCAAAUGGAGGAAAGCUUACUAAUAUGGAUGUCCCGGUUGAGAGCCUGUUUCCACAACAAAGCAAUCAAGAGGAAAACAUUACCAUAAGAAAUAAUGCACAGAACAGUAAGUCGAAUCCUUCGACUCCUACAAAUCAGAACAAGCAAGAUAUUAGCAUUCCAGUGAAAGCUUAUGAAAGAUCCACUGGAAAACAUAAACAUAUCUCAAUUGACAAGAUGGAAAAUAGCAUAAACAAGAGUAAAGGAAGGGAUUCACAAUGUGAGAAGCAUACAACCAAAUCCACAAUUUCGGCAGGAUUUUCUAUGCAAUCUCCAGAUGCUAAGAAGAAACCUCCUGAUACACCUCCUAAGCAUGAAUUUGUACAGUCAAAAUUAUCUGAGAUGAAAGGAAUCAACCUAUAUGUUGACCUGAAUUGCAAUGAAGAUAUUGAUGUUAUCAUUACCAAUUCAGAAUCUGACCAGGAAAAGAAUAAAAAAGACAGUCAACAUAACACCCAAGAGGUUUUGGAAGAUUCCAGUGAAUAUGAAUCAAGUUUGGGGGAUGCAAGGGAUGAUGAUGAUGAUGAUGAUGAAGAAUUCCAAGAAGAAGAAGAUUAUGAGGAAUGUAAUUCAACUAACGAGGAUGAGCUUCUGAAGACUUUUGCACCGAGAACAGUCUCGCAUGAACAAGACAGUGAAGAUGCAAUCACCCAACAGGAAAACAAAAUCAUUAUGUCGGGAAAUUUAUCACCAAGAGGAACAAAAGGAAGCAUGAUAGACCAGACCAAGAAUAUGGCAGAUCAAGGCCCUGUCACAAGGGCUAAAGUUAAAGCCAAUCAAAUAGGUGCUAUCUCAACAAAUGUUUAA